GGCAGCAGGGCGGGCGCAGUGCGCACGCGCACUCGUCGUUGUGAGAGAGGCGGGACGGGUGGAGAGGCGGGCGCCGGUUUCCCGCGGUGCACGCAGCACACGAGACUUGGAUAGGGGGUGCAGCGGGGAGGCGUGUCUGCCGUCGGCGUGCCCCCUCUCGCCCCGCAGAUUUUACCGCCAACGAUGUUGAAGGCUCCUUGUGUCUGUGUUGGAAGCCAUGCUCCCAAGUAUUAGGAAGGAACGGGGAGUCUUAUUUGUGUUCCCAGUUGUUUGUAGCUCACCUAAGGAAACCCUGGAGCCUUGGACCCUUGGUUAGGGCGUUUGCUUUCCGCCUCUGGGAGGAAGCGCAGACUUUAAGCUUUCUUUCUUUUCUUUUCUUUUUUUAAGACUCAGUCCCCCUACAUAGUAAAUGCAGUUCAAAAGCUCCAAUUGAAAUGGACCGGCGGUUUCUGUAGUUCACGAUGGACUGGAUAUGUUGUAGUCUAGUCUUCAAGCUUUGGUCCUCAAUUGUGCCUUUUUGUUGCUGUUGUUCUCCUGUGGCCUGCACUGACCUGGAACUUGCUAUGAAGCAUAUGCCGGCCUUGAACUCCCUCCUUAACCUCAGUGCUUGUAUAUGACAAAGAAAUCAUGCCCAAGUUCAAACAGCGAAGAAGAAAGCUAAGAGCCAAAGCCAAACGAUUAUGUAAAACGAAAGAAGCCUCUCGGGUCCUGCCUAAGUUAUUGGCACCUCCCCCUCCACCACCCACACCAGAAAGAGUGGUUACUUCUUCAGCAGAUAUUCCCCAAAGCAGAAACUGGCUAAGACCAUCUUGGAACUUAAGACUCCCUAACUUCAAAGCUGCAAUAAACCUUUGGACAAAUAGAGCAUGGUGCAUAUACAGUUGCUGUCAGACCCGUGUAGCCCAGAGUUUAGAAGUAUUAAAAGAUGCCAUCUUCCCAUCCCGAGUCUACCACAGAGAACUUCACAGCCUUAAACAACAAUUAUGUGUUUUGAAAAGCGAAUUGUGCGAGCUCCAAGAAAACUUGAAGAGCAUCUCGGAACACUCGUCUCGUUCGAGCUGUUGCCACACGUGCUGCGGGGGUGACAGACUUACAACUGUGCCUGCCUGUGCUCCAACGACCCAUGGGGAAUCCCAAACCGCACUUCCUCCCACACUGCCACAGCCAGCCAGCCAUCCUCCCCCUCCUCCCCCUCUUCUUCCUCUUCCUCCUCCCCCUCCCCCUCUCCCUCCACCUCCACCACCCCUAGCACCUUUGCUGCUCAGAAAAUCUGGUAGCACUAAAGCACUUCAGGUUGAACCGUUAAAGAAAGAUGGACCCAUGCAUAUAACAGUUAAAGAUCUACUCACUGUGAAAUUAAAAAAGACACAGAAUAUUGACGAAAGGAGAAAGUUUGUACCAUCACCGCCAGAGGAACGGACUCCAUUAGUUACUGUCUCUGACCUGCAGCGCAUUACCCUGAAACCAAACUCCAGGGUGUUGGCAACUCGAAUUAAAAAUGUCUUGAUUACUCCUGGUAAAAGCCAAAUCGAUCUCCGGAAACUGCUGAGAAAAGUCGAGGUAGAAAGGAGCCCAGGUGGGACCCCUCUUAACAAUAAAGAAAACAUGGAUACAGGAACUGGGCUCACUCCAGUCAUGACCCGAGCCUUAAGGAGAAAGUUUCAGCUGGCUCAUCCUCAAAGCCCUACUCAAUCUCUGCCGCUUUCUACAAGCAACUUUGAUGAACAAAACUGAGAGCAACUCGGCCUGACUCCGUGGAGUGACUCAUACAAUGACAGACCAGCCCUCCCAAAUGUUAAUGUUCUAAAAUAUGUAUAACUAGAUAAGUGUAAUUCUUAAAGACUCAGAGUGAGUAUGUCUGGAGCCUACACAUACUGUGGCAUAAAGGCAUUUGGAUAUUUCCUGGCAUUCAUGAUGGUAAGGGGACCAGACAAGAUGAGAAAAUGCAGCCUGCAAACUAAUGUUUAUCCUGGCAUUACCCAGUUUAAGUUAGAAUGGCUAUUCAAAUUUAAUUCCAUAGGACCUGGCAAUAUGGUUCAAAGGAUAAAGACACUUGCCACCAAGCCUAAUGACUCAAGUUCAAUGACCAGGGCACAAAUGGAGGGGUAAAAAGAACUAUGAUAUAUGCCCCUUCGACACACAAAAUUAUUAAAUAUGUUAGGAAAUACUAAUGGUAUAAAUAGUUUGUUAUAUAAAGGUAUCUAUGACAUUAAGAAUGUAAUCUGAGUCCUCCUCCUCCUCCUCCUCCUCCUCCUCUUCCUCCUCCUCCUCCUCCUCCUCCUCCUCCUCCUCCUCCUCCUCCUCCUCCUCCUCCUCCUCUUCUUCUUCUUCUUCUUCUUCUUCUUCUUCUUCUUCUUCUUCUUCUUCUUCUUCUUCUUCUUCUUCUUCUUCUUCUUCUUCUUCUUGGGGCUGAACCCAGGGCCUCACAUGUGCUAAGUACAUACACCCUGAACUGUACCUUCAGCCUUUAUUCCUUACUUUUUAUAUCUGCUGUCCACUUUCCAGCAGUCAAAUAAGUUCUUCAUGAUUUCAGCAUGAAUCCUCUAUUUUCCAGAAUGCCUUGCCAAGGAUUCUCUGUGGUCCAUGGCAGUUUUAUCAUGAGCCAGGUUCCUGCUUUGCUCCUUACCAGCCUGUGUAUUUGCUGGCAGUGAUGUGUCUCCCACUGAACUUCCUUCAUUCUUGUUCGACUAGAGCUGUCAGACUUCGCAAAUAAGAAUACAAGGUACUCCAUUAAAUUUGAAUUUCAGAUAAACCACAAAAAAACUUUAAGAAUAAAUCUGCCCUACCAAACAAAUAUUUGAGUGUUACAGAUGGAACUCAAGGUCAUGAAUGUGCUGAGCUAGUAGACUACCUCCUGAAUACUGAAUGAUGUGCACAUACAUUGAAAUACUAUGUUUAAUUCUUUGCAGGGAGUUCAGUAAUACAGUGCUGGUCUAGAAUGUUUAUGACGCUGGGUUCAAACCCCAGUACUAACACACAAACAUAAAUAUACGCACACUCAUUCAUGUGAUGGUUAAUAACAAUUAUCUACAAUUACCUGGAAGAUGGCUUUCCAUCUUGAUUAGGUUAAUUGAGAUGGGAAUACCUACCCUCAGGGAUAGAGCACCCUAAGCUGUAGAUGCAACGUGACCAGCUGCUUUAAGCUCCUGCUGUCUUGAUCCCUUCCACAAUGGAGUGUAUGAUAGAACUAUAAGCCAAAAGGAACCCUUCCUUUUCUCAGCUAUUCCAUCACAGCAACUACAAAACUAACUAAUAAUUUAUCAUACCUAUGUAUAUAUGUGUUAUUAAUUCUCUGAAAUUCACAUUUAACUGAGAACCUUAUAUUUUACCUAGCUACCUUGUUUGUCCGUUCCUAAAAAAUUGCAAUUUAUUUCUGGGAUCCCAUGGUUUACUACAUGUCUUCAUGGCACUGAACACUAUGUAGCGACAGCCAGGAUCCCAUCACCUGUGUUCUAAGGAGAACAGAUGGGUAAUUCCCAUUAAAGUGCAUGUCACUCAAGGGGCAAAAGCUAUCUUCAGUCUUCAGUGCGGAGGAGUCUCAGGGCUUUGAGCUGAACAAGUGCUUCUUGCAAGUGAACUGAGCCACACUCCCAGCUCCAGGAUCAUCUCUGAAGCUGUUACCGCACAACGGUAAGAAAGGAACCUUGCCACAGAGUUGUAUUUCCAGAAAUCCCAUCAUUUCUAUUGACUGAUAUUGCUUUGAGAUGCAUAGCAUGGUGUUGGAAAGUAGACCUGGGACAGUAUUCAGCACCUGAGAGUCCUGUUAUGCGAUCCACAUGUGUGUUUAUGAUACAGAAGAGCUACAUCUAGAACCAGCUGGAAGGUCCUUUGUCUGUAGUUUGUCAGGCAGGCUUUCAUGCAGCUCAUUCUGUCCAGGGACUGUUUAGCCUUGGACGACCUUGAAUUUUACAUCUCCCUUCCCCCACUUAAUUGCAUUGCUAGGAUUAAGGAAAGCACCACCAAAUCCAGCAGAAAUUUUGAUAUUGUGUAAAAAUAAUAUAUAUUGUGUAAAAAUAAGGGACAUGAUCACUGAAAAUAAAGUAAGGGUUUGUAAUAGAAUGUUCUCUCGGGGGCAAUUAUAAUGUUUACAAUAGAAAUAAACCACUAUGUACUGUAGUAUAUAUAACAGAAAUCAUUUGAUCAUUCUUAUGGCACAAAAGGCUUUUUUAAAAAAAACAAACAACAAACUAGGCUGGGCAUGGUGGUUUCUGCCAGUUGUCCCAGGUACUUGGAAAACUGAGGUGGAGGGAAGUUAAGUUCAAGACCUGCAGCCAGCCUGGGCAACUUGGUAAGAACCUGCCUCAAGGGGUUGGGGAUUUAGCUCAGUGGUAGAGCGCUUGCCUAGCAAGUCCCCAGCUCCAAAAAAAAAAAAAAAAGAAAAGAAAAGAAAAGGAAAAAAAGUAGAAAUCUUCAGGUAAAACACUUAUAAAGCUGCUACUGCUGUUGUGUCAGUAUUAAAGUGUACCCUACUUUAAAUUGUUUACUAGUUUUUUCCAUAGAAUUUAUAUGCUUUUUUACUGUAAGCACUUGCGUACCCUGCACAUUGUAUGAUUUUAUUAAACUACUGUUUAUUGUA